AUGGCAGAAGCCGUCACUGUUAGGAGCGAUCUUGGCCCCGAGGCGCCCGGCAAAGCCAGGUCCGUGGUCGUGGCAGCAUGGGUGUCGUCUAUUUCGGGAUACACCACGCAUGCGACCGCGCCCGCCUGCUCAGCCUCCUGGGCGAGGUCUCCGGUGCCGUUCGAGAUCUCGGCCCUGGAGCAAGUGGACUGCCCUGAACAGCUCCUGCGGCGCGUUAGCUACUGCAGGAACACACAGAGGGUGGUGGGGGCUGACCAGACAACAUCGACCCCUCCAUUCGGCGAACCGGCAGGUAGGAGAAAGCUGGUCCUCGCCAAGCCCGCGCAGCGCAGGGGUGGGAAAGAGUACGUGAUCGGCUCGUAG